GAGCAGGUGCGCUCCAGCUGUGUGUACGAACUUAAAUAAAUACAUUGGGAGGGCAGUUAUGACUACUGUGUGAUUUGAAGACAUUGGGCGGGGUAUUAACGUCUUAUAUAAAGCUGUGAACGGGGGAGACAUAAGACAGUUCAACUUACAUUUUGACAAGAAGACUUCUGUCAGCAUGAGUCAGAUGAAGCCCUUUCUCUACAGUACCAGUCAAAGGGUUCUCUCGUUCGUGUGGUAGUGUGUGUGCUGAUGUUGGUGGUUGUGUGUCGAGCUCAGUGCUUCUUCCAAGGGCUGGAGACCAAAGACCCCAAGACUCCAACAAAGGGGUGUGUGGAUAAGGAGGGAAAGCAGCAUGUGUUUGGUUCUUCAUGGGUGAAGGACUGCUACGACUGUUCCUGCUCCAUGCGAGGCAUCAGAUGCUGCAACAGGAUCCCAGAGGUGGUGGAUCUCUCAGCAGAGUGUGAGAUGGUGGUGGACAGAAAAGCCUGCUCAUACAGACUGGUGAUGAAGUCAGACAAGACCAAGGACUGUAACAGCUCCUUCAGUAUGGUCUUAUAAAAAUGUCUGCAUGGUUGCAUGUACACACCAACAUGUAUAGAUGGAAUUUACAUCAAAUAAAACAAGGCAACAGUGAA